UUAUUCGUAAAGCAUCAUCAAUUUGCUUGCAAUAUCGGGACAUGAGUAAAUCCUUGCAACUCAUUGUCACCGUAUGUAUUUUCACCAUCCUCGUUCUAGGGGAGAUAGGGAUGGCAAAGGGACAGCCACUGGAGAAAAGGUACUGAUGGACGAAGGAGUAAUGAUAUUGGUCGGUUGCUGGGAAUGCAAAGAAAGUGGAGAGUGGCGAUUCAAGAUGUCGGCAAAGAAAUAUGCAAAGUGUGUAGACGUAAGCGCAGGAGAUACGAUUGCUGAUGUUGAGCAGAAAAUUGCCACAGCGUUUGGAGUAGACAGGCGAAGGACAAAAAUGGAGCUGAGUUUUUGGUUCGAAGGAGGAGACACUGUCUACACGCAGCAAAAGAUGCCGCCUGUCUCUGUUGACAGCGAGAGUUCAUUGUCGAAAUUCAAAAAGAUAAGGAUAGAAAAAGGAGGUAUGAACAUGUAUCUAUGUUUAGAAGAAGACGAUGAAGAUAUGUCAAAUCUCUGGGUAGAAGACGAUAGUAGGGGACAAGACGAUCGUAGGGGACAAGACGAUAGUAGGGGACAAGAUAUGGCGCGACCAGACAGAGGUGAUGGUGAAAGCACGCAGAUAAUUCCUGUAACUUUUGAGGAAGAGGACUUUUUAGAGGAAAUAUAUGCGUUUGAAGAAUCUUUUAAUAGGAAGGAUGUUGUACUGGAAAAGGGAAAAGCUAAGCGGGGACGAGAAGAGGAACUGGUGGUAGCAUUGGACACGGAUAGUGGAGGAUGGGCAUCGGAGUCAGAAGACAACAUGUUAAGUGAGGGAGAAGAUUCAGGCGACUAUGAUUUUGAUAAUAUGAGGCAGUUGAUCGAGAGGGAGUACCCGCCGGAUUGGGAUCCUUGGAAGGAUUCGAGGAAGAAAGCAUUGACAAGUGCGGAGGACCAAUAUGAGGGGGACGAGAGGUUAGGAGGACAAGAUGAACGAGGGGGACAAAAUCAGCCAAUACUAGUCGAUGUUGAGGUUAGUCAGAUGGACGGAAGGGAAGAUGACACAGCAUUUAAUGAAGGUAGAGAGGAAUGUGGAGAAAUGUCAAUCCAACUGGGGCAGAGAAGAAUGAGGCAAUCAUGGACAACUUCACAAGGAUGGGGACGAAGCGAGCCAACGAUAGGACAAGUGGAAGUUGAGGAGGUAAGUACGGACAUGGGUUGUAAUGGUGCAGUGGAAAGUGCAGAAAUGUCAAUCCAACUGGUGACAGAAGCGUUGGGUACACCAGAGGGACAAAACCAGCCAAUGCUAGUGGAAGUUGAGGUUAAUCAGAUGGAUGGAAGAGACGAUGCGACAGCAUUUAUUGAAGGUGGAGAGGAAAGUGGAGACAUGUCAAUCCAACUGGAGCAGACCAGAAUGAGGCAAGGAGGGACAAAUUUCCGAAGGACAGAAUGUGGGAUAACAGAAUGUGGACGAAGUCAGACAGCGAUAGGAACGGGGGACGUUACGGUGACACCGUUGGAAAGAAGAGAAGAUACCUCAACCUUUAAUGCUUUUGAGGAAGGAGAAGGAGAAGGAGAAGGAAAUUUGGAGAUGAUAAUGGGAUGCAGUGUUGGAGAAGAAAGUGCAGAAAUGGGGCAGAUAAGGUCGCAACUUACAUUGGGGGAGACAAUGUUUACUGAACUUGUGGGGGACGAUAUUGUGAUGUCUAGAGACGCCGCACCGUUCAGGGACAACGCAGUUGGAGUUGCGCAGGACAAGGCUAACAUGAAUCUUAGGAAAGCUGGCGAUUCAAUAUAUAUUGGGCGGAUAUUCCAGAACAAAGGCGAGUUGCAUAAGGCAUUAACUGUGUACUCUAUAAAAAGGCUAUUCAAUUUCCGAAUAAAAGCUUCCGACAAGACCCGGGUAAUUGCAGUAUGCCAUGAUCAAAAAUGUCAUUGGAGGGUAUAUGCAACGUUUCACGAGAACUCGGAUAAUGUGGAAAUUCGCACAGCGAGUCUAAGACAUAGUUGUGAUGUGAAAUCGCGGUCUAAGUACGGGAUGAAAGCAACACGAUCGAUUCUAGGCGAGUUACUAAAAGCAAAAUAUGCGCAUGGGAAGAAGGGACCUAGAGCCUGUGAACUACCAGAGAUAAGAAGAGAAGCUGCAACCAAAACGAGGACAAGAUGUACGCCAGAGAUCGAGGAAAUGUUAAUAGAUCACCUGAAAUUAGCGACAGAUUGUGCUGUCAUAGCAGCAAGUGAAUGGAUUUAUCAAGUAAACGACGGUUUUGGUAUCGUUUUCACUGUGGAUCUUGAGAAAAAAACAUGUAUUUGCAGAGUAUUUGAUGUGCUAAUGGUGCCGUGUUGUCACGCUUUAGCCGCAGUGGGGAUAAGGAACGUGGACAUUUACUCCCUGAUCGGGAACUAUGCAUUCGUGACGGAGUGGCGUAAGCUCUGGCGUGCCCAUAUUCUACCUCCGCCUAAGGAAAAAGACAUGGAGGUCCCAAACGUAGUUAGUGAAGUGGUUGUGAAUCCACCAAAAACAAGAAGACCAGGCGGAAGACCAAGGACCGUACGCAUACCAUCGCGGGGAGAGUAUCAGGUAACUAAUUAAGAGUGUCAAAUGAGUUUGGUCCCCCAAUAUAACAAAAUUAAAUUG